AGUAAUGACAUCUUUGGCCCUGGGAUCAGUUGGCCAGGCCAUAGCUGCGCCCACGAUCUUCCUGCAGCAACGGAAGUCCGUCUCUCAGUUAAUGAAGGAGUAUCCCUUGGUGAUGGACACCAAACUGAAGAUAAUCGAGAUACUGCACUUCAUUUUGGACGUUCGUCUGGACUAUAGGAUCAGCUGCCUGUUUCCCAUAUUCAAGCGGGAGUUCGACGAGUCCGACGUGGCCGCUUCGUCUGUGGCCGCCGGAGCUGCCGCAGCCGCCGCCACCGCUUCCCGCCAGAAGAACAUCGACCUGGAGUCCAUCGGCGUGCAGGCGGAGGGAAUCUUCGACUGCGAGCGGAGUGAUGCAGCUAACCUGGACCUGGAUGGCCAGGACGGACGUACUUUUCUGCGUGUCCUACUCCAUCUUAUCAUGCACGACUACGCUCCCCUGGUCUCGGGUGCCCUGCACCUUCUGUUCCGGCACUUCAGUCAGCGCCAGGAGGUCCUCCAGGCCUUUCGACAGGUGAAACUCCUGGUAUCGGACAGUGACGUGGAGUCCUAUAAGCAAAUCAAGUCCGAUCUGGAAAUCCUUCGCCAGAGCGUGGAAAAGUCGGAGCUGUGGGUGUACAAGGCGAAGGCCACCGAUGAGUUGGGGGCCACCGACGCAGGCGGAGAUGCGGUUAGCCUGGAGUACAAUGCCGCCCUGUCGAAGGAGCAGCGAAACGAGUACCGAAAGGUCAAGGAGAUUCUCAUACGCAUGAACAAAUUUUGCGUAACUGCCUCCGGUCCGGGUUCGGUGGUCAAGCCACGCAAGCAUGAGCAACGACUGCUCCGCAAUGUUGGCGUCCACACCGUCGUCAUCGAUCUCCUCCAGAAUCCGUUCGACGAGAAGGACGACGAGCUUAUGAAGGAGCUCAUGUGUCUGGCCCACGAGUUCCUGCAGAACUUUUGUCUGGGCAAUCAGCAGAACCAAGUCCUGCUGCACAAACACCUCGACCUGUUCCUGAAUCCGGGCAUUCUGGAGGCGAAGACUGUAUGCGCCAUCUUCAAGGACAACUUGGCCCUGUGCAACGAGGUGACGGACAAGGUGGUGCAGCACUUCGUGCACUGCAUCGAGAUCCAUGGCCGUCACGUAGCCUACCUGCAGUUCCUGCAGACCAUAGUGCGGGCGGAGAACCAGUUCAUCCGACGCUGCCAGGACAUGGUGAUGCAGGAGCUCAUCAACUCCGGCGAGGAUGUGCUGGUCGUCUACAACGACAAGGGUUCCUUCAACCACUUCGUUCAGAUGAUGCAGCAGCAGAUGCUGCGCAUGGAAAAGCUCAGCGACGACAGCCCCUUGAAGUAUCACGUCACGCUGGUGAAACUCCUGGCUUGCUGCACCAUGGGCAAGAACGUCUACACGGAGAUUAAGUGCAACAACCUUCUCUCUCUGGACGACAUAGUGACUAUCAUCUGCCACCCAUUGUGUAUGCCGGAGGUUAAGGAAGCCUACGUGGAUUUUCUCAACCAUUGCUACAUCGAUACGGAGGUCGAGAUGAAGGAGAUCUACGCCUCCGGGCACAUGUGGAGCCUGUUCGAGAAGAGCUUCUUGGUGGACAUCAACCAGCUCAUCACGAACCCCACCGCCGCCAGCAACAAGACGCUCCAGGCGUACGUCCUGAAUGGAGUAACCAAUCUUUUGGGCAGCUUCUUUGCCAGUCCGUUUUCGGAUCAGAGUGCCAUCGUGCAGUCCCGCCAGUUGAUCUUCGUGCAGCUGCUACAGGCUGCGCACAGAAUCACCCAGUGCCGCUGGCUGUCGCUAGGUGAUCGUUUCAAUGUGGAAAACAGCAUCCGCACGCUCACAGAGUCGUCCAAAAUGCGUAGCAUCGCCCUGCCACCCGAGCUGGAGCAGCAGCUGGCCACAAUGUCCAGCAAGACGGCUAUGCUAACCCGACAGACCACUAAAUGGCUGCUGGCCCCAAAGAAGCCCAAGUACGAGGCUCAGCAGGAUCAACUAAAGCCGGUGGUGGAGGCGGAACUAUCUCUGCUAGUGGAUAUACUGUACCGCUCAGAGCUGCUCUUCCCCGCCGGAACAGAGACCCGGAAGCGCUGCGAAAGCGGUGGAUUCAUCCGAAAGCUAAUCAAGCACACCGAAAAGCUGCUGGAGGAGAAUGAGGAGCGCAUGUGUGUAAAGGUUCUUCGCACGCUGCGUGAAAUGAUGGCCAUUGAUGUGAACUACGGCGAGAAGGGCGAUGCACUGCGACAGACACUUUUGCUGCGCAACUUCCAGAGCAAAAGCACGCCCAGGUUGCCGGAGGAUGAGGUUCCUCUUCUUGCCGCUCCUUUGAUGGAUCCUUCAAAGCAAAACCACCUAGUGACCCACGGACCAGGGGCGAUGUAUUUGCAGCACGCGGGCAAAACGCUUCACGAGAUGCAGAACCACUUGGACAGAGAAGGCGCCUCGGAUCUUGUGGUCGAGCUGGUUAUCAAGUCCGUUCAUUCGCCCAAUAUUUUUGUCGAGGCUGUGGAAUUGGGCAUUGCACUUCUGGAAGGCGGCAACCCCAUUAUACAGAAGGGUAUGUUCCAGAAGUUCCCCAGUGACGACUUCAACCAGGCCUUCUUUAAAGUCUUCUUUGAGAAGAUGAAGGAUGCACAGCAAGAGAUCAAGUCCACCGUCACUGUGAACACCACCGACAUUGCGGCUAAAGCCCACGAGCACAAACAGGACACCAAUCUGGAGCUAGACAAGAUCGCUCGCAAGCAUGGCCUGAAGGGCAACGGAGUGGUGAUCACUGAGGAACUAAAGCGGGAACUCCACAAUGCCGGACUGGCAACGGCCCGUGCCUACGGGAAUGCACGAAACAUCCACUCCGGCGAGGAGAGCUCUGCCAUCAGUGUGAACAGUCCGCUGGAGGAUAUACUGGCCGAGAAGCUGGAAAAGCACAAGGACAGUCGGGAUCAGCGGAACCAAUUGUCAAACAAGGUGCUGGUCAUACAACUUAUCUUGCGGUUCCUUCAGCUGCUCUGCAAAAACCACAAUCCGGACAUGCAGAACCUGCUGAGGAACCAGAACAACAAGACGAACAACAACCUGGUAUCGGAGACGCUUAUGUUCCUGGGCUGCAUUUGUGGCUCCACGACCGGCGGCUUGGGCUUACUAGGCCUGUACAUAAACGAGCAUAACGUUGCCCUGAUCAACCAGACGUUGAAGGCCCUCACGGAAUACUGCCAAGGACCGUGCAACGAGAACCAGAACUGCAUAGCCACGCACGAAUCAAAUGGGCUGGACAUCAUCACGGCGCUUAUUCUGAACAAUAUCAAUCCACUGGGCGAGAACCGCAUGGAUCUGGUCUUGGAGCUGAAGAACAAUGCCUCAAAGCUGCUCCUGGCCAUUAUGGAAAGUCGGGGAGACAGCGAAAACGCGGAACGCAUUCUUUACAACAUGAACCCCUGUAAACAUGUUCGAACACAACAGGAUGACUUUCUGGUCAGCGUUGACUUCGGGGAGCAAGACAAUGCAUCGCCUCCGUCUGUCCCUUUGACUCUAUCUGUGCCGGUAUCGGGAGAUUCCAGUUCUGCUCCCGAUGAUCUGGGCAACUGCCAGGCAGCCAAGGACGUGGCACCACCGAGUGCUGUUGGCGGUGAAGUGAAGGAGCGUUCCUACUACUCGCUGGUCAUGUGCAUAGUAACCACACUCAACCAGGGUUUGAGAAAUGGCGGCGGCAUUGGUGACAUACUCAGGGCGCCUUCAAGCAAGGAGGGCUUGUUUGUGGCACGUGUAAUUUACGACCUACUAUUCUUCUUUAUUGUCAUUAUCAUUGUCCUAACCCUGAUAUUUGGUGUCAUCAUCGACACCUUCGCCGAUCUGAGAUCGGAAAAGCAGCAAUAGGAGGCCAUCCUGAAGACGACCUGUUUCAUCUGCUCACUCAAUCGAUCUGCCUUCGACAACAAGACCGUGAGCUUCGAAGAGCACAUCAAGAGCGAGCACAACAUGUGGCACUAUUUGUACUUCAUCGUCCUUGUAAAAGUGAAGGACCCCACUGAGUUCACUGGCCCCGAGAGCUAUGUAUAUGCGAUGGUCAAGGCCGGAAUCCUGGAGUGGUUCCCGCGCCUGCGUGCCAUGUCGCUAGCGGCUGUGGACGCCGAUGGGGAGCAAAUCGAGCUGCGCAGCAUGCAGGCACAGCUUUUAGACACCCAGCUACUCAUUAAGAACCUGUCCACCCAACUACACGAACUUAAGGAUUACAUGACAGAGCAGCGGAAGUAGAAGCAGCGAUUGGGAUUGCUUAACACAACGGCGAACAGCCUCCUGCCGUUUCAGUGAGCCUGUAGGAAAUAGAAUAGUAUACUAGUUUCGGCACAUCAUUUUGGUAAACAUUCCUUGUGAACCCAAAGGUAUUGGCCCCUUCGCCACAUUUAUCCUAAUCGAAACACAUUCUCAAUAUAUUCACUGCGGGACGAACAAGAUCGCACGUAUUCAAAAAAUUAAAUCUCCAAGAAUCGUUCAAUAUCCCGAUUAAUAACCAAAAAUCAUUCUGUAUUAGAU